GGCUGGGCUGGGAGCCUCUGGGAGCCCCCGGGAGCAGGCUCCUCUUCCUGCCCACACACCAUGACAGGCUGUGAGCGCCGUGCCAGGCUCAAGAAAUGCAGCCAUCACUAUGGAGCAAGGCAGACGUUACACAGUGGCUGAAAUGGGCAGAGAGAGAAUAUUCCCUGCGUUUUAUUGAGGAGAGCAAGUUUGAAAUGAAUGGGAAAGCUCUGUGCUUGCUCACCAAGGAAGACUUCAGGAACCGCUGUCCCAGUUCAGGGGACGUGCUGUAUGAAAUACUGCAACAGAUCAAUAACUACAGAAACUUUGCACAAAGGAAUUUCAUCGUGAAUGUGCCAGCACAACAGGCCAUGCACACCUCCCCUGGAACUCUCCACAACCCUUUCGAAGUUACCCAGGAGCCAACAACAAUAUUCCGAUUGCCUGGAUACAGGCCUAGCAGCUCCGUCCUAUCCCAUGGAGACACCUUCCAAACUUGGAGUCAAGUGCAAUCGAUGGGAACGACGAUAGGUGGAAGAGGAGAGGUGGCACCAUUUCAAAGGUUCCAGGUUCACACAGACAGGACUGCACCGCGAGUUGUGAGCAUUGUGCAGUGUCCGAGACCUGCCAGUGCGAUGAGCUCACCAACGCCGAUUCCCGGCAGUAAGCUGCACAACACUGAGGCCUUCCAGAAUGGUCACUGGGAGGAACCACUAAACCUCUCCAACAGGUCAGAGGGGAAGAGGGGUCUUGACACAUGCUCACUCCCUUCAGCAUGGCAACCGCCAGUCACUGGGAAGAUAGCAGACUGCAGGCUACUGUGGGACUACGUUUAUCAGCUACUGUCUGACAGCCGAUAUGAGCAGUACAUCAGGUGGGAGGAUAAAGAGUCCAAGAUCUUCCGUGUCGUUGAUCCCAAUGGACUGGCACGACUCUGGGGAAAUCACAAGAACCGAGCAAAUAUGACGUAUGAAAAAAUGUCAAGAGCUCUACGGCAUUAUUACAAACUAAACAUCAUCAGAAAGGAGCCCGGCCAGAAACUCAUCUUCAGGUUCCUGAAGACCCCAGAUGAAAUCACCCAUAAACCGGAAAAAUUGGAGCAACUGGAAUUACAUGAGCAGGAAGGAGCCGAUUUUAAAGAGGACACAUUUCAGCUCUCUCCGUGACAGUGACAUUACAAAUGGCACCCACCUGAGCCCUGAGCCUGCCCAGUUCCGGGCCCUGCAGACUGACACUUAGCAACCCAAAACAAACUUUCUCUUUUCCGAAUGGUACCGACGUGAAGUUUUCCUUGCUUUCUGGGGUUUGUGAUUUUGGUUUGUUGAUAAUAGCACUACAUUCAAUACAUGCACUGGCAAACCUGUAAGAUAUGUUGAGAAGCUUGCUGUAAGAGUUGUGAAGAAAAAUUGUGAAUAAAUUCUUAAUACUUUAAGUCCUA